AUGAGAGCAGUAAAUUUCGUGGAUAAAUUGCAAUGGGAUAUCCCUGGGAAUGUCUUCAGACAUGGACUGGCUAUUGGGGAUGUCGAUAAUGAUGGAGAUAAUGAACUAGUUGUUGGCACGGCCAAAGGAGAUUUAUUUAUAUUCAAGGGCUCGGAAAUUUGGCACAAAACUACUGGCCUCGGGCUGAUAACCUGCCUUGCCAUUGGCGAUAUAUUCAACUACGGAAGAAAUGCUCUGGUUGUCAUUUGUGGAGAUGGAUGGGUCCACAUUUUCUACAGCCCACGGCCCGUCAAUCCAAGUAACGGCAGUCUCGAUAAUACGAAACUAGGUGAAACAUUCAAUCACAAUUCUGGAGAUGUCGACCAACUGUCUGGUAAAAUGGAAUGCGUCCACUCACAGCGAAUUCCGACGAAUACAAAAAUUGUAUUGGUAACUGAUGUGGAUCGAGAUGGGGCUAACGAGAUGAUCAUUGGCUUGACAGACCGUGUUGUAAGGUCGUAUAGGUGGUCUAGUAAUGUUGAUCUAGGAACUGGGAAACUUAUUGGAUUGAAUAAGUGGGAAUGUGCUAAUCAAAUUGGAACAGUUACUCUACAGCAUACCCGUGAUGGAACUCCAACUCUCCUCGUUGCCCAGCCGGGUGGUACCUUCAUGAGAAUUAAAUGCAGUUCAGGUAACUGUCAUUCAGAUGGAGACAGUAUCCAAAGUGAAACACCAGAGGGUUGCAUUGACUAUCAGACCCUCGGAAUAUCCCGAAUGCGAAAUCCAAAUAUCUCCACAGAAAUAAUAGGUGAUCUGGAGCCCCAGAAAAAUACAAACUCAAGCCCAGGUGACAGUCCUAUGAAAAUUAGUACCAAAAAACUGCAAAAGGAGAAAUCUCUGCAUCACGAUCCACUAGAGCCAAAAAAUUCCGAAUUAUUGGGACAAAUGGAAUCUCCAGGAAUCGAUCAGGUUGACGGGAAUAUGAUUGGUGGCAGUGUUGUCCUUGGGGAAUACGAGAACUUUCAUAAGAAAACCAUUCUACCGAGCUAUAAGGAAUUUACAAAAAGUAAUUAUUCGGUGAGGGAAGACGUUGAAAAUUUGGAGGACAAUAAUAAUGAGGACAGUUUUGAAAGUAAGCCUUAUGCACUUGCCACUCUCGAUGGGACGAUAAUGCUCGUAAAAGACGAGAUUAUUUUGUGGGCUAUGCAAGUUGAUCAUCAGAUAUUUGCCCUUUGUCGACUGGAUGUGACUGCCGAUGGUGCUGACGAAAUAGUCGUCUGUACAUGGGACGGACAGACUUAUAUCCUUGAUCAAGACAAGAACAGUGUGAGGUUUCAGUUUGAAGAGCCUGUGAGGUCGUUUUGCACUGGAAAUUACAGCUUGACUCCUGGUGGAUCAAGUCCCAGUCUCGUUUAUAUAACAUUCACGAAUAAGAUUUUUUUAUAUUACGACGUUCUUCUUCCAAGUCUUGUUGUCAAGAGCUUGCCACCUCUCGAUUUGUCUGUAGAGAAGAAUGAAGAAAAUGCGGAGAAGAUAAUUGAUAAUACAGUAGCUCGAGGACUAGUGAGGAAUAAACAAUUACGGGAGUACCUCCUGUAUGGAAUCAAUACCCUGGAUAUAAAUACUAAAGAGGUUUGGGAUGUAUCAUAGGGAUUGUUAAAUAAUUGUAUGAUGUACGGAAUAGAAUUAUUAAUUGUUUUCCAA